CCCAGAAUGAAAGUGGGGGGAGAGAGAGUGACAGUCUAAAGGGCAGCAGUACAGACUACAUUUGUGUUUAAGUCAAGACGGUGGCUGAUAGUGUAACGUAGACAUGGAAAUGGGUACAGGAUGAAGAAACACAACUUUUGGACUUUUACUUGUCCACGAAAGAAGAAAUUUGAAUCUACUAUGGGAUAAUUAAGUUGAUUUUGGAGUUGUUUUGUGUUGUUUGCUGAGUAGAGCCUGUGAAGGAGGUUAAACAUUACAGAAGAAGCAAGCUGUUGGAAUAAAAACUGGAUUUAAGAUCUGCAGGGCUGGAGAUUGAGGACUCUUUCGACUUUCUUUUUAAAAUCAUCCUGGUCGGGGACUCAGAUGUGGGGAAGACCUGUGUGGUCCAGAGCUUCAAGUCUGGCAUAUUCAUGGAGAAGCAGCAAAACACCAUCGGGGUCGACUUCACUGUUCGUACCCUGGAGAUCGAUGGCAAGAGGGUGAAGAUGCAGGUGUGGGACACAGCAGGACAGGAGCGUUUCCGCACCAUAACUCAGAGCUACUACCGCAGUGCCCAUGGGGCCAUGGUGGCGUAUGACAUCACACGCCGCACCACAUUUGAAUCUGUUUCCCACUGGAUCAGGGAGGUGGAGCAGUAUGGAGCUGCCAGCGUGGUACUGAUCCUCAUUGGUAAUAAGUCAGACCUCCAAGCUCAGAGGCAGGUGUUGUUUGAGGAUGCGUGCACUCUGGCAGAACACAACAGUGUGCUGGCUGCUCUGGAAACCUCAGCCAAGGAGGCCCAGAACGUGGAGGCGGCCUUCAUCCUCAUGGCCCGGGAGCUGCUGGCACGCAACGGCAUGACCAUCACAGACGAAGCCUCUCAAGGCUCGCCUCAAUUCAUGUUGAGUAACGGCUCCCACCCAGUCCAUGGUACUGUGUCCUCAGAUAAAAAGUGUGGGUGCUGAGCGAACUAAAGCAUGGACGUACUGUUUAAGGCUUGUUUGAAAAAUGGUGGUGGCAGCCUGAAAACUACAACAAUAUACAAGUGUGUUUGAAAAGAGGCUUAGUUUUAGGAGAAACAACAUAUGUUGCAUUGUGUCUGUGAAUAUAAGUUUUGUAUAAGUUUUGACUUUUAAUAUUUAUACAGUUAGUAGAAUCACUUAACACAGGUUUUAAAUGGCACUAGCUUAUCACAUGUAUUUUGUUAGCAGCAGGAUAACUGCUGCUGAAUGUGACAAUGACUCCAGCAUUACAAACCACACCUGUGCUGGAGGACUCUGUACUAAAACUAUACUACACAAUACAGAAUGUUUUCACUUGAGAAGGAA